CGCCGGUCUUGGGCUGCUGGGGAAAGGGGGCCGAGGCGAUGCUGCUGCGGACCGUGGCCGCCAACGCCCGGGCAACUACCCGGAUAAACAUCCGGGAUCGGCUCCGAUGCCUCAGUUUCUCCGGGCCCCGAGGCGGCUCCGGGCCGGACCCGUCCGGGGAGGCCCGUGGAGAAGGCGACCCCCGGGCCGAGGAGGGGACCCCGCGGCCGCCCGUCCCCCCGCCCCCCACAAACUGCUGCAUGAGCGGCUGCCCCAACUGCGUGUGGCUCGCUUACGCCGAGGAGCUGGGGCGCCGCUUCCAAGAUGGCGGGGAGAAGGCCUUGGCCGCCGUGGAGGAGCAGGUCCGCGACGAGAACGUCAAGGCUUUCAUCAAGAUGGAGAUCCGACUGCGCAUGAAGGACGGAGGCUGAGGGCGGACCCCGGUCGACGGCCGCCCGGCUCCCGUCUUCGGCCCCUGAGGAUUGCGGGCCUUCCUUUCCGAGGAACAUUUUGCCCUGAGAGGACCUCGGGGUGGAGGAGAGGUUAUUUAUGCAUUCUCUGCUGCAUCUCUGCCUGAGAAUAAACACCCCAACGCGCCCAGAA